AUGUCGUCAGAUCCUCACCGCGAUGUCUCGCAGUACAAGUACUCGGCCAUGUCCAACCUGGUUCUCCAGGCGGACCGUCGAUUUGUCACCCGGCGAACUGACGAGGCUACCGGCGACCCCGAGUCACUCGCUGGCCGGCUGAGCAUUAACGACAUGGGCGGCCGGGUCGCCCGUGACACAGUGCCCAAGCAGAGGAAACAGCCCGGUUUGCCCAACGUGGAGAGAGGGAGUCUCAAAGAAGAUGAGGCCGUACUGUUGCGAGAGCAGCGGAAACGAAAGGCGGAUGCCUCCUUCCAGAGGACGGGCUUGCUCGGCGCAAACGACGCGUUGAUUGAGGGGAUCACAUAUCGACCUCGUACGCCUGCAACACGGGCGACCUUUGACCUCAUCCUCACGCUUGUGGCGGGAAAUCUAGGUGACGUGCCCCACGACGUGAUUCGCAGUGCAGCCGACGCCGCCUUGGAGUACUUGAAGGACGACGACAUGAAAGAUCUCGACAAGAAGAAAGAAAUUGAUGACAUUUUGGGCAUCUCACUCAGCCCCAAGCAGUUCAACGAGCUGGUGAACUUGGGAAAAAAGAUCACAGAUUACGAUGCCCAAGACGACGAGGACGUCGACAUGGACAACGCCGACGGCGAGGCUGAGAUCGACGAACGCCAAGGUGUUGCUGUGACAUUUGACGACGAGGAAGAGGACGAGGAAGCCCUUGUGAACGAAGUGCACGAUCAGUCAUCCGAAGAAGACGACACUGACCAAGAGGACGAAGAGAAUGAAGCCGACGCCGAUGCCAACAAGUCAGGUAGUGACGCCGGGGACCUGGCUCUUGGUGCGGAGUCGACUCGGACCAAGGACAACGAGAAGAACGCGCGAUCCGUAGCUGCCCGAGACAUCGACGCCUUCUGGUUGCAACGACAAAUCGGAUCUCUAUACCCCGACGCUCACGAGCAGACUGAUAAAACAAAACUGGCGCUAAAAAUAUUGUCUGGGGAACCCGAUGAGGCAGGCGGGGACGACAAGUCGCUUCGAGAGAUCGAAAAUGAUCUCAUGGAGCUGUUCGAUUUCGAGCAUCACGAGCUCGUCCAGAAGCUUGUGGGCAACAGAGAAAAGGUUUACUGGCUCACGAAGCUCGCUCGGGCGGAGACGGCGGAAGCGCGCGCCGAUGUCGAGAGAGAAAUAUCUUCGGAAGGACUGCAGAGGCUUCUGAGCGAACUUCGAGGCGAGAAUACCGAGGACGGCGACAAAAAGCGAAAACUUGACAUCAAGAUGGACAUUGACGUCCCGGCCUCGAUGAUCGCGGAAGUGGCCAAACCCGAGGGUUACCUCGUUGGUGGCUUGCAACCAAAAAAGGUCAUAAACUUGGAAAACUUGGUGUUUGACCAGGGAAAUCAUCUCAUGACCAACCCCGAGGUCGUCAUUCCCGAAGGCUCCAAGAAGCGCACCUUCAAGGGCUACGAGGAGAUCCACGUUCCUCCGCCAAAGAAGAGAAACGAGCCCGGCGACGUCCUGAUCCCCAUUUCCGACAUGCCUGAAUGGUCUCGAGGCCCCUUCAGCACUGCCGAGUCGCUCAACAAGAUCCAGUCCAAGUGCUAUCCGUCCGCUUUCGGGGAUGAUGGCAACAUGCUCAUCUGCGCGCCCACCGGUAGUGGCAAGACGAACGUGGCCAUGUUGACCAUUCUUCGAGAGCUGGGAAAGAACCGAAACCCCGAAACGGGCGAUAUAGAUUUGGACGCCUUCAAGAUCGUGUAUAUCGCACCCUUGAAGGCGCUCGUGCAGGAGCAGGUCGGAAACUUUGGAAAGCGUCUAGAGCGUUACGGCAUUCGCGUUUCGGAAUUGACUGGUGACCGCCAGCUCACGAAGCAGCAGAUCGCUGAGACCCAGAUCAUCGUGACGACUCCCGAGAAAUGGGACGUCAUCACGCGCAAGGCCAAUGAUCUCACCUACACCAACCUUGUGCGCCUGAUCAUCAUCGACGAGAUCCACCUGCUGCACGAUGAUCGCGGCCCUGUCCUCGAGAGCAUCGUCUGCCGAACGAUUCGCAAGACGGAGCAGACCGGUGAACCUGUGCGGAUUGUCGGCCUCUCCGCUACUCUUCCCAACUAUCGGGAUGUCGCGAGCUUCUUGCGAGUAGACAUGGACAAGGGUCUAUUCCAUUUCGACGGCUCCUACCGACCUUGCCCGCUCAGGCAGGAGUUUGUGGGCGUGACGGACCGCAAGGCCAUCAAGCAGCUAAAGACGAUGAACGAUGUGACCUACAACAAAGUGAUAGAGCACGUAGGAACCAACAGGAACCAAGUGCUCAUUUUCGUUCACUCACGCAAGGAGACGGCCAAGACGGCCAAGUAUAUUCGUGACAAGGCCCUGGAGCUGGAGACGAUAAACCAGAUCCUUCGGCAUGACGCUGGAAGCAGAGAAGUGCUCAAUGAAGCUUCGGCCCAGGCUACUGAUGCUGACUUGAAGGACAUCCUGCCGUACGGGUUCGGUAUUCACCAUGCCGGCAUGAACCGUAUCGACAGAACGGAUGUCGAGGAUCUCUUUGCUCGAGGCGCCAUUCAGGUGCUCGUGUGUACGGCCACUCUGGCUUGGGGUGUCAAUCUCCCAGCGCAUACGGUCAUCAUCAAAGGCACCCAAGUCUACUCGCCGGAGAAGGGUGCCUGGGUCGAGUUGAGCCCUCAAGAUGUGCUUCAGAUGCUUGGUCGUGCCGGACGCCCUCAGUUCGACACGUACGGAGAGGGCAUCAUCAUCACAACCCAGGCCGAAAUAAAGUACUACCUCUCGCUUCUGAACCAGCAGCUGCCCAUUGAGAGUCAAUUUGCUAGCAAGCUGGUGGAUAACCUCAACGCAGAGAUCGUCCUCGGCAACGUUCGGACCCGAGACGAAGGUGUCGAAUGGCUUGGAUACACCUACCUCUUCGUCCGAAUGCUUCGCUCUCCGGGACUGUACCAGGUUGGUGCCGAAUAUGAGGAUGACGGGGCACUUGAGCAGAAACGUGUCGAUCUCAUCCAUUCUGCUGCGACGGUGCUGAGGCAGUCUAACCUCAUCAAGUACGACGAAAAGAGCGGGAGGCUUCAGUCGACGGAACUUGGCAAGGUUGCGUCUCACUACUACAUCACCCAUGGCUCGAUGAACACCUACAACAGCUUGAUCGAGCCAUCGACCAGCACGAUCGAGCUCUUCCGUGUCUUCGCCCUCAGCGCCGAGUUCAAGUAUAUCCCGGUCCGACAAGACGAGAAACUGGAAUUGGCAAAACUCUUGGGCCGAGUUCCCAUCCCAGUCAAGGAGACGAUCGAGGAGUCCCACGCCAAGAUCAAUGUCCUCCUCCAGGCUUACAUAUCGAGGCUCAAGCUCGAUGGACUGGCACUCAUGGCCGAUAUGGUAUACGUCACGCAAAGUGCUGGACGAAUCUUGCGAGCCAUAUUUGAGAUUGCGAUGAAGAAGGGAUGGGCGCACGUCGCGAAAACGGCUCUGGAUCUUUGCAAGAUGGCCGAGAAGCGGAUGUGGCCGACAAUGUCACCGCUGCGGCAGUUCCCUACGUGCCCGCGCGACAUUGUUCAGAAGGCAGAGAGGAUGGAUGUGUCAUGGAACAGCUACUUUGACCUGGAUCCUCCUCGCAUGGGUGAGCUUCUGGGCAUGCCCAGGGCUGGCCGCACCGUCUGCGGUUUCGUCUCCAAGUUUCCUCGACUGGAUGUCGAAGCGCAAGUUCAACCGAUGACGAGGUCGAUGCUGAGAGUUGAACUAAGCAUCACGCCGAAUUUUGAAUGGGAUGAUAGCAUUCACGGCAUGGCGGAAGGUUUCUGGAUUAUUGUCGAAGACUGCGAUGGCGAAGACAUCCUCUUUCACGAUUCAUUCCUCCUGCGGAAGGAAUAUGCCCAAGCGGAGUCGAACGAGCACGUUGUGGACUUUACAGUACCGAUAACCGACCCAAUGCCGCCAAACUAUUUCGUCUCGGUUGUCUCCGACCGAUGGAUGCACUCCGAGACGCGCAUCGCCGUACCCUUCACCAAGCUGGUCCUCCCCGAGAAGUUUCCACCCUCCACCGCGCUGCUUGAACUACAGCCUCUCCCAGUGUCUGCCCUCAAGGUCGCCAGCUACGUUGAGCUGUACCCCGAUUGGAGCCAGUUCAAUCGGAUACAGACGCAGACGUUCAAUUCCCUCUACACGAAUGACCAGAAUGUAUUUGUUGGUGCCCCGACGGGGAGCGGGAAGACCGUCUGCGCCGAAUUCGCCCUGCUCCGCCACUGGAUGCAACCCGAUGCCGGCCGAGCCGUCUAUAUUGCGCCCUUCCAGGAACUCGUCGAUUCCCGUUUACAGGAUUGGCAGAAACGAUUGGCGCAUCUGCAUGGCGGCAAGGAGAUUGUGAAACUGACGGGCGAAACUGCGACCGACCUCAAGCUGCUCGAAAAGGGUGAUUUGAUCCUCGCCACGCCAACGCAAUGGGACGUUCUGUCGAGGCAGUGGAAGCGUCGGAAGAACAUCCAGACCGUCCAAGUGUUCAUUGCGGACGAGAUUCACCUGCUCGGGGGCUCGACGGGCUACGUGUACGAGAUCAUCGUCUCCCGUAUGCACUAUAUCCGAACCCAAACGGAGCUCCCCAUGCGCAUCGUCGCUCUCAGCGCUUCUCUCGCUAACGCGAGGGACAUUGGAGAGUGGAUUGAUGCCAAGAAGCACGACGUGUACAACUUCGCCCCCCAUGUGCGACCUGUGCCGCUCGAGCUGCAUAUCCAGUCCUUCUCGAACCCUCACUUCCCCUCGUUGAUGCUCGCGAUGGCCAAGCCGACAUACUUGGCCAUCACUCAGCUGUCUCCGGAUAUGCCAGCCAUGGUUUUCGUACCCAGUCGCAAGCAGGCCCGAAGCACCGCGCGUGACUUGCUGGCUGCCUGUGUGGCUGAUGACGACGAGGAUCGUUUCCUGCACGCUGACGUUGAGCAAAUGCGGCCGCUGCUUGACCGCGUCCACGAAGAAGCAUUGUCCGAAGCCUUGUCUCACGGCAUUGGAUACUACCACGAAGCGCUGAGCCUGAGCGACAGGCGCAUCGUGAAGCACCUGUACGACAAAGGUGCCAUUCAGGUCCUGGUGGCCUCUCGGGACGUCUGCUGGGAGCUGACCAGCACGGCCCAUCUUGUCAUCGUGAUGGGAACUCAGUACUUCGAAGGCCGGGAGCACAGAUACGUCGACUACCCUCUGAGCGAAGUGCUGCAAAUGUUUGGAAAGUCGAUGCGUCCUUCGAAGGCCGGCAGCUCGCGCGGCGUGCUCAUGCUGCCCCAGAUCAAGCGCGAUUACUACAAGAAGUUCCUCAACGAGGCUCUGCCGGUGGAAUCACACCUCAACAACUACCUCCAUGACGCUUUUGUCACCGAGAUCAGCACCAAGAUGAUCGAGUCUGGUGACGACGCCAUCAACUGGACCACGUUCACCUUUUUCUACCGCCGGCUGCUGGCGAACCCGAGCUACUACGGCCUCACGAGCACGACGCACGACGGGCUGAGCGAGUACAUGUCGGAUCUUGUGGAGUCGACGUUGCGCGAGCUGGCCGAGUCCAAGAUCAUCGACUUCGACGAAGAAGACGGCACGGUGGCCCCGCAGAACGCGGCCAUGAUUGGCGCCUACUACAACAUCUCCUACAUUACGAUGCAGACCUUCCUCCUGUCGUUGAGCGCCCGGACGAAGCUGAAGGGCAUCUUGGAGAUUGUCACGUCGGCGACGGAGUUUGAGACGAUCCAGGUGCGCAGGCAUGAGGAUGGACUUCUCCGACGGAUUUACGACCGCAUCCCCGUCAAGAUGUCGCAAGCAGUCUACGACUCUCCGCACUUUAAGGCGUUUGUGCUGCUCCAAGCCCAUUUCUCUCGGAUGCAACUUCCUAUUGAUCUUGUCAAGGACCAGGAGCUUCUUUUGUCUCGUGUCCUGAGCCUCCUCAGUGCUAUGGUUGAUAUCCUCUCGUCCGAUGGCCACCUCAACGCGAUCAACGCGAUGGAAAUGUCGCAAAUGGUCGUCCAGGCCAUGUGGGACAGGGACAGCCCGCUCAAGCAGAUCCCUCAUUUCUCGCCUGACGUUGUCAAGGUGGCGAACGAAUUUGAGAUCAAGGAUAUUUUCGACUUUAUGGAGAAGAUGAACCCCGAUGAGAAUGCCGAGUACAACACGCUGAUCAAGCGGCUGGGCUUGUCGCAGAAACAGCUGGCCCAAGCCGCUAGCUUCACGAACGACAAGUACCCGGAUUUGGAGCUCGAGCACGAGGUUCUCGACGAGGAUGAAAUUAAGGCUGGCGAGCCGGCGUACUUGAACAUCAAGAUUGUGCGCAACGUCGACGAGGACGAGGGAGAGCACGACUUGACGGUGCACGCGCCCUUUUAUCCGACGAAGAAGCUGGAGAAUUGGUGGCUCGUGGUGGGCGACGACAAGACGCGAAACCUGCUGGCCAUUAAACGAGUCACGAUCGGUCGAGAGCUGAAGGUACGGCUCGAGUAUACGGUGCCGACGGUGGGCGACCACCAUCUGAAGCUGCUGCUCAUGAGCGACAGCUACGUCGGCGUGGACCAGGAACGUGAGUUUACCGUGACGGCGGCCGAAGGGAUGGAUGUCGACGAGAGCGAGGAGGAGGAGGAUGAGUGA